AGUCAAAGUUCAACGCCAACGAAGGCCCCUCUCUCCUUUCCCAACGCGUUCCCCUGCAACUCUCCCUCCUCUCCGAGGCACAGCGUCACUGCUUGUUGUGGGCAUCAAGCUUCCAUUUCUCGCGCCUCUUCUAUUCCCUUAUUCCAUUCCACCGUAACCGGCAGGGCGAAGAUGUCCAGUGCCUUGGACAUGUCUCUUGAUGACCUUAUCAAGACCAACAAGAAGUCCGGCGGUGGCGGCGGAAGUAAUUCGAGGGGAAGGGGCCGCGGAGGAGGUGGUCCUGGUCCCGCCCGCCGUCUUCAAAACCGCGCCGCGAAUCGGUCGCUCCCUUAUUCGGUCAAGGCGGCCCCUGAAACGGCGUGGCAGCAUGACAUGUAUAUGGAUCAGGCAGCACCGGCAGCGUACCCAGGCCUGGUGGCCCGAUCGAUCGAAACGGGGACGAAGCUUUACAUUUCGAAUUUAGAUUACGGCGUUUCCAAUGAAGAUAUAAAGGAGCUUUUCUCAGAAGUGGGUGAUUUGAAGCGAUUCUCUGUCCACUAUGACAGAAGUGGCAGGUCAAAGGGUACUGCCGAAGUGGUAUUUUCAAGAAGAUCAGAUGCUAUAGCAGCUGUUAAACGCUACAACAAUGUGCAGCUUGAUGGAAAGCCAAUGAAAAUUGAGAUAAUUGGAACCAAUAUGUCAACUCCUGCUUCAAUACCACAAGUUACAAAUGGCUUGUUGGGAAAUCCCAAUGGUAUUCCCAGGAGCAGCCAAGGAAGAGAAGCUGCUGCUGCUCGUCCUAGAGGAGGAGGAGGUGGCAGUGGUCGUGGACUGGGUAGAGGGCGAGGAAGGGGAAGGGGAAGAGGACGUGGUGAACAUGUAUCUGCAGAAGAACUUGAUGCAGAAUUGGAUAAAUAUCACUCAGAGGCAAUGCAGACAAAUUGAAACGUCUAUAACCUAGCUCCGAUGCAUUGCAGCUUGCUUGAAGAUACUCAUCUAAAUAUCGAGUGUAUCUUUACCAUCAUGCUACAGUUUCUAGUUGGGGGAGGCUGGAGUUCUUGUUACUGGAUAAUGAGGCUUGAGAUUUGUUAUUGCCGUUCAUUCUGUUGCUUCUAAGUUCUAAGACGUAUUAAGGCUAUUAGUGGACGGUUGAGUUCUGGAUCAGACUAGUUAAGCUUGAGUUCUCUUUUGCUUUCUUUUGCUUGAGUAUGGAGCAUAGUCCAAGUCCCUCCACAUUCUUUGCUGGCUGGGCCGCCUUCUGAAAGUGGUGUGGUGGGAAAUGGCAGAGAGCUGCACGAUCGGUGGAGCUGUCCCUUCACAUGACAGCUUACUGAUCAAGGCAUGCUAGGGAGCAAAAAGAAAGGAGACCCUUCUUAUGAAAUCAAUGAGUGAUCGCAUUGAAGGUAUUUGUCCAUUUUGUCUUUCCUGUGCUAGUUAUUCCUGUAUUGUAAUUGUUGAAUGACAUAGUUUCUGGAGGCUGAUGUAAUUGUGCAACAGUGCAAGGAGUAUAGGCUCUCUUUAGAUGUUGGGUUUCA